UGUUUUAUUUGCUGACCCCGAAUCUGCCAGUAUGAAAGAGUGCCAGGAUGUUUAAGCCUGACCACAUCUUCUAUGCGUCACAGCCACCUUGACAAUUAAAUUUGCAUAAUCUGAAUAGUGGGGGAAGUGCGCUGUAGGGUGAGGGGGAAAAUGUUCAGCUCCUUAAAUGCAUCAUGUGUGCUCAUGAACGAUUCAGAAGUUGCAAGCAGCAAGAUGCGAAAGCAAAGCAACUGAGUGGAAAAAAACGUCUACUUAAUGGCUACACCUGUUGCUCCAGCUACUAGUCGCAGAACCCAAGUUGCUACAUAUAUCUGAUUAAGAUGCUGUCCCAAAGACCCCCCUGGCCAGCCCACACAGGACCAGCCCUCUGGUUCUUCCUUCUCUCCCGCAUCAGUGUGGUGGUGGUUCAUGGCCAAGACUGUCCGUCAGAGUGCACAUGUGAGAACCCUGUGCAGGCUGUGUGCCAGGGGGCAGGUUUGACAACUGUACCCAGCGGUCUCGGAGCCAGCACACUAUUCCUCGUCCUUGAUGACAACAACAUCACACAACUGCAGCAAGGUGAACUCUCAGGACUCUCCAGUCUGUUUGGACUGACUGCUACCAGGAACUUGAUCUCUAGCAUCGAGGUGGGCACAUUCACAGGACUAGCUUCGCUGUGGCUGCUUCUGCUAGAGGAGAACCAGUUGGCAGAUAUACCAGACGGCACCUUCAAUGGGCUGACCAGUUUGCAGCUACUCUCUCUGGAGGGCAAUCAGCUCUCCUCCCUGGAGAGUCACGCCUUCAGCCCGCUGACAAGUGUCGCGUACAUCAACCUGGAAAACAAUUUACUGACAACUCUCGACGAGAAUGUUCUGUCGUCCCUGCCAAGCCUGGGCAUCCUGGGCCUCGAGAACAACCCCUGGGACUGUAGUGACGACCUGGUGUGGAUAGUAGACUUCAUAGACAGCAGGAGUAUCACCCUGGUCAGUGAGCAGUACGACCAUGUACGGCCUACAUGUGCAUCACCGUCAUGGGUGGCUGGGCAGGACAUGCUGGACGUCCUGAGAGAUGGGCUAUACAGGACAACAGAGGCUCCCUACCCUACCAGUGUAGACACUACACCAGCUGUAACAACCCAGCCAGACACUACACCAGCUGUCACAACUCAGCCAGGCACUACACCAGCUGUAACAACCCACCCAGACACUACACCAGCUGUCACAACCCAGCCAGGCACUACACCAGCUGUAACAACCCAGUCAGACACUACACCAGCUGUAACAACCCAGCCAGACACUACACCAGCUGUCACAACCCAGCCAGGCACUACACCAGCUGUAACAACCCAGCCAGACACUACACCAGCUGUAACAACCCAGCCAGACACUACACCAGCUGUCACAACCCAGCCAGGCACUAUACCAGCUGUAACAACCCAGCCAGACACUACACCAGCUGUCACAACCCAGUCAGACACUACACCAGCUGUCACAACCCAGUCAGACACUACACCAGCUGUAACAACCCACUCAGACACUACACCAGCUGUAACAACCCAGCCAGGCACUACACCAGCUGUCACAACCCAGCCAGACACUACACCAGCUGUCACAACCCAACCAAGCACUACACCAUCUGUAACAACCCAACCAGGCACUACACCAGCUGUAACAACCCAGCCAGACACUACACCAGCUGUAACAGCCCAGCCAGGCACUACACCAGCUGUCACAACCCAGCCAGACACUACACCAGCUGUCACAACCCAGCUAGGCACUACACCAGCUGUAACAACCCAGUCAGACACUACACCAGCUGUCACAACCCAGCCAGGCACUACACCAGCUGUAACAACCCAGCAAACAUCUGGGAUAACAAAAACUGUUACACCAGCUGCAACAACUACUACAGCAGAUCCCAGAACAACAGUUACAGAAGCAGAUGCAACAAACACUGUGUCUACUCAGCCGCCAUCUAUAACAGGGUCAACUACACAAGAAAACUCUGGUGUGACCACAGCUGCUGAAACUAGCAAAAGUACCUCCCAAACCCAGGGGAUACCUGUUGAUACUAGUGGUGGCACCACAAAAACAAUACAACCAGGGCAGUCAUCAUCAGUUACUCCUGUUGAGAACAAUGGAAUUGUAACUACUGAGGGCCCAUCAGAGAGUUCAACACAACUAGGGCUUGCGGCAUACCUGGGCAUCGCCGGUGCCUUUGUAGCCCUGUUUGCCCUGACAGUUGGAGUGACAGUGUACGUGUCCAAAGCCAAGGCCCGGACCAGAUCAGUCACGCCUGAGAGAGCCAGCUAUGGGAGACCAAAGGCAAGGGUGGCGUGGCAGCAUGAGAUUUUGACGUAGAGAGUUAGAGUGGACAAACACAUGGAAUGUGAACUUGAACUGUUAGAUAGAAAGAUUAGUGAGGACUGACGUAGCAUCAGAGAUAGCUUCUCCUAGUGAGACAGUAGCCUCCAUCAGGCCCUUCUGAGGAGUUAAUAGUGUUUGCACUAUUUCCAAGAGUCUGUCAUAGACAGUCAUACAAAAGUCGGAGUAACUGAAACUAUCA